UAGAAACUAUUGGAUUGCAGAUAGGCUCAAUCAAGAAGGUGGGUUUUUGUUCUUUUGGGUGUUUCAAUACUCAACAGGAUUAUAAAGAAGAAUUUGUUCUUCAAUGUUUGUGCAGAUUUAUGAAACGAAUGAAUUUGUUGAUCGGGCUAAGAGAUUUCUUAAGGAGAUAGAAGAUGAUGACACAUUUUCAUCUGUAAACAGUUUGAUUUGUAAUUCAGAACUAUUUCAUCCUCAAUUUACCUCAUUUUUCGAUCAACAAAACAUGUCAUCACAAAUAAACGAAGAAAAACUCGAAGAUUCAAUGGGUGUAAAGGAAGAAGAGAUCAUCAAGAAACGUGGGACUUUGUUAAGAAGUGUCAAGAAAAGGGAUAAACAAAAAGGGACUCGACAAAAGCUUCGCGAAAGAAUUGCAGAGCUGAGAAAACUCAUUCCAAAUGGUGGAAAGAUGAGCAUUGAUUCUUUGUUGGUUCAAACUGUUGAACACAUGUUAUUACUUGAAGGUGUGACAAAUCCAAAGAGAUAG